AAAUUCCCCUUUGCUUUUACAAAUACUUCUGGAAAUUAUCUAAAGACAAGAGCUUUACACAAGAUUUGGAGUUUGCAUUUUUGGUCAUUUGACUUCUAGGCUUCAUAUUAGUCACAUGGUGGCUUUAGUGAGCUUUUUUGAAAAAAAAGCUUUCCUCUUCUAGCCACACAGUCUUAUUUGAGUCCUUUAGUCAGUCACUAAGCAUGUUUGGAACAGUCCCCAGUGCUUUGCAAAGGUUCAUAUUGCAGAACAGUCACGUAUGGGUAUUUGUAGUUAUAAAUACUUGACCAGUCUCCAGGGGUGGGGCUUCCAACCCUUUAAACAACCCUGUUGCCUGUUAUCAAGCUAACUUUUUGCUCCGAGUGCCAGAAGUGAUCGUGGUAGGCCGUUCACUGAGAAAUAAACAUAAUGGAACAUAAUGGUUCUGCUUCAAAUGCCAAUAAGAUCCAUCAGAACCGCCUGUCAGGUGUAACAGAAGAUGAAGACCAAGACGCCGCUCUUACCAUUGUGACGGUGCUGGAUAAAGUUGCCGCCAUCGUGGACAGUGUUCAGGCCAGCCAGAAGAGAAUAGAGGAGAGACACCGGGGGAUGGAAAAUGCCCUCAAAUCUGUCCAGAUUGACUUGUUGAAGCUUUCCCAGUCACACAGCAACACAGGCCAUGCCGUUAACAAGUUGUUUGAGAAAACCCAAAAAGUCAGUGCUCACAUUAAAGACGUGAAGGCCCGGGUGGAGAAGCAACAAAUUCACGUUAAAAACGUUGAAACGAAGCAAGAGGAGAUAAUGCAGAAAAACAAAUUCCGUGUGGUGAUAUUCCAGGAGGAGACUCAGUGUCCGACAUCCCUCUCUAUUGUUAAGGAAAAGAACUUCACGGAGAAUCACGAGGAGGAAGAGGUCAUCUUCGACCCCCCAAUAGAUCUGUCUUCAGAUGAAGAAUAUUACGUUGAAGAAAGCAAGUCUGCCAGGUUUAGGAAGUCAGGCAAGGAGCGCAUCGAUAAUAUCAAGAAGGCAUUUUCCAAAGAAAACAUGGAGAAGACACGGCAGAGCUUUGACAAGAGAGUCAGCCACAUUAGAACGAGAAUAGUGACCCCAGAGAGGAGAGAGAGGUUGAGGCAGUCGGGAGAGAGGCUGAGGCAGUCGGGAGAGAGGCUGAAACAGUCAGGGGAGAAAUUUAAGAAGUCUAUUUCUAAUGCAGCUCCCUCGAGGGACACUUUUAAGAUGCGAAGCCUUCGGAAAGCUAAAGACCGAACUGUGGCCGAAGGUCCAGAAACGGUCAGGGAGAUGGGCGUGGACAUCCCAGCCAGGAGCGAGCCUCUGAGCCCUGUUGGCGAGCUCUAUACUGAUGAGUUCAGUGAGACAGACCAGGAGGAAGCCAGGGCGGUAUGUCCUCCCCGAGAAGGAGGGGAAACCCCGACCCCCGAGCCUUUAAAAGUUACUUUUAAACCCCAGGUGAAAGUAGAUGAUGAUGAAUCUCUUUUGCUAGAUUUAAAACAGUCGUCAUAAAGAGGAAUUAAGUAUAUUUUUCAGUAUAAACUUCUUUAAUCCUGCUGGUCUAGUUUAAAUAGGAUAGUCAUUUACAUUUAUAUGCCACAUAGGAAAAAAUAAAUGGCAUGACUGUUUUCUUUUAUUCUGUUUAAAAUCUUAAUAUAAUAUUAUGUAUAUUUCCUAGUAACUUCCUUGGGAAUUUUUUUUUUUUUCCUCCCCUGGACUUUUAAGAUUCUAGCAGCUUUCUUUCAUGUCACUCUGAUGGCAGGUGUGGAUUUUUAAGUUCUUUUCUCUUGCCUACCAGAAAAAUAGUUACCUAGUGCGGGUCAGUGAGGUGUUUAAUAGUUUAAAACAGGUGAAGGGCAAAUUUCUGGCCAUCAUCUGGAAGUGAACUCUCAGUUUUGGUCUCGAUUAAUGUGGCCAACCUCCAAGGGGAGUUUCUCACAUGUGGAUUAUGUCAUCCAUAUGUUCACAUCAACAGAUGUGUUUGUAAAUUAGGAAUCACAGAUCUUUUUGAUGUUUUUGCAUAAAAAUAUUGAAGUUCUGGACUCGAGCAUUUGGCCCUGGCAUCACAGCUUUACCUAACAGCGAGUCACUUGGCAUCUCGUGUGCUAAUAAGCGCGUCAGUAAAAUGGAGAAGGUUUCAGAGGACAGUUGUGAGAUUGAAGGAGACACUGUACAUACUGAGGAAAAAAAACACAUCCAGAGGAAAACAAGCCCUGUUGAUUCCUCAAAAAUAGAAUCGAAGUAAUUACACUUUUUGAAAACGCCCUGAGCACCAAGAAGUGGUGAGGACCUAGGUUGGACAGAAAGUAACGUUGGUCUUCAGAAGCCUUUUCACAGAAUCAGGAAUGAAAAAUAAAUGUUUGGGUAACAUCUUUUUUUUUUUUUUUUGGCAAAGACUAAAACCAACUUUGGGUUUAAUAUUAAAAGGUUUCCUGGAAAAUCCUUUUCUAAUUUUCUUUCGCUUUAGAUUUAUGGUGGACUAGAGCAAUAUUGGUUCGAGCAGUGUGAAGCAUAAAACUGACUGUGUCUUCAAGAGGCCUUUCUAACGUCAGCCCCGGUGGAGUAGGUUUGGAAUGGACCUCAGAAGCUUCUGUUUUAGAGAGAGAAACCCGCAGGGUGCAUCUGUCCAAAGAGUGUUCAUAGGAGUUCAUCAGAGCUGCUUUGGGAGGAGCCAGAUUCUACUUGUAGCUUUAGGUCUAGCCCAUCCGGAUGUAGACGUUCUUGCUAAAGAGAGAAACAGCCAUAUGGGUUCUGCACUUUUGGUAAUGUUUAAAUCUUCUAGUUUUUAAUAGGGAAGAAAUGAUGGAAUUAUUGAAUUUGGACAACGGUAAGCUUUCAGAUCAGUUUUGGGUGCUUGUGUAGUAGUUAAUUGUAGUAACUGUACACACACACACACACACACACAUACCCCAAAUCAGCUUUCAAAUAUUUGACCCAGGUAUCCAGAUAUUUGGGUUUGGGAGUUUGAUUCAGCAUUAUUUCUUCUUCACUCUGCAUGAAUACAUAAAGUCAUAAAUUGUUCAUUUCUUCUUUUUAUAUUGAAAACUGAAGUGUAUACAACAUUGAACGAUACUUUGAAAUGAAUAAUUUAAAAAAUGUUACUAUCAUUUAAAAAGAGCUUGGAUGCCUCAUCACACAUUUCCUUAAAGCCAUAAUAAAAUGAAUUUUAAAAAGA